CAAUGGCUCGAGAAUUGCCAUUGGAAGUUUCCGGAGAGGAAGGAAAAAGAAGCGGUUCGCUGGAAGACGUCGGCCUGUGCGGGUGGCGAGAAUAAUUCCCCAACAAUAAUAUCACCCGCUCAGGUAUGUUUCGGUUUAUUUUUUACACUUCGAUUUCUGUUCCAAAAGAAAUUACGGAGUAUGAGUAAUUCUAAGAACCGAAGGUCCAAAUAUAGCAUUAGCUGGACCUAACAAGUAACAAGGUUUUGAAUAACCCGAAACCAGGACGAUCGCUUCGUGGAAGGAUCCGGAUCCGCCUCGCGACUGAUGUCUGGGUUCAAUCGGUCUUCCUGCGGUCCUUCAAAGAAUGGUCUCCCUCCACAAGAACUACUGGAUGAUCUUUGCAGUCGGUUUGUUCUGAAUGUUCCAAAAGAAGAUCAGCAGUCUUUUGAGAGGAUUUUGUUUCUAGUGGAGUAUGCACAUUGGUUUUAUGAAGACAAUUCCGUUGAAAACAAUCCAUCAUUGAAAUCUUUCACUCUUAAGGAAUUCACUUCUCUCUUAUUUAACAGCUGUGGCGCUUUAAAACCAUAUGUUGCCCAUAUAGAUGACAUUUUCAAGGACUUCACCUCAUAUAAGGUUCGAGUUCCUGUUACAGGGGCCAUAAUCCUGGAUGAAACUUAUGAGCGGUGCUUGCUAGUGAAGGGUUGGAAAGGAUCAAGCUGGAGUUUCCCUCGUGGAAAAAAGAACAAGGAUGAAGAAGAUUAUGCAUGUGCUGUUAGAGAGGUUUUGGAGGAAACAGGGUUUGAGGUCUCAAAACUUCUUAAAAAGGAAGAGUACAUUGAAAUGGUUUUUGGCCAGCAAAGAGUGCGGCUUUACAUAAUCGCUGGAGUGAAAGAUGAUACAGUCUUUGCACCGCUGACCAAAAAGGAGAUUAGUGAAAUUGCCUGGCAGCGACUUGAUGAGCUCCAGUCAGGAAAUGGUGAUGUCAUAUCGCGUACUUAUAGUGGCCUUAAACUUUACAUGGUUGCUCCAUUUUUAAUGUCUUUAAAAGCGUGGAUUUCUGCCCACCAGCCUCCAGUAGCACCUAGACCUGAUAGAUACCUGAAAGGAAGUAGCGUGUGGAGGGCUAAGAGUAGUUCUGCAGGAAGCUCAAGGGUAGCAGAGUGUCAAUCAAGCAAACCAGCAAUUAUCGAUGAGAAACCCUAUGACACGGGUCCUGGCAGAAGCUUUAGAAACUUUCAGUUUGAUAUUGCUCCUAUAUUACAAGCAAUUGAUGCCGCUUUCUGUCUUCUAUGAAGACUGGUAACUUAAGGGAUUGUGCAUUAGCAGCUCCAAUGAGUGAUGAUCAGUACCAUGUAAAGUUUGGCUUGCCCAUAAUUUAGCUCAGUUCAAUUUAGCUAAAGGUGUAUUUGCUGUAGACAACCCUAUACUUGAUUACUUGGUUCAUUCUUCUAAUGUAAAAGUUGCCGACUACAAUGGAAGUUUUUUCUUGUUUAUGCCAGGUUCAGGUUGACAUUAAAGUAGGUUUUGUACUUAAACAAAGACCCAUAUUUGUCAAUAACUACUUUCUGUCUUAAAACUGUUUG